AGUUGUCACUUGUCAUUGUCAGUAUUCAGUUGUACGUAACCGAUUUCUCUUGUCAAUAGGCUAAAUUUUACGGAAUUUCUUAUUUUCUCCAGUACAUACGUACGCAAAACAAUAUUACACAAUAUUUGUUAGAUAGUUAGUUUCCUAUAAGCUGUAUGUCAUACAUAAAUAUUUUUUGUAACCUUAAGCAUUAUUCUCACUUUUGCCGAAUAUAUAUUUGUGAUUUGCAUAUUUCGCAUAUCACGUUGGUAAUAUUAAAGUACUUCUACAAGUCUUAAUAGUGGAAAAACAUUUAACGCUUAAAUUAUUUUUGCUAGUUCAAAAUGAAUUCUCAUAGUUUUUUAUCGCCCCGUGCUUUGAUGGGUGCAGCGAUUGUGGGUCUGGUUGGAGCAGCCGGCGUGUUUAUUUAUGAGCAAGUGUAUGCAGAAAAAAGAAGAGCAAUGCUAGUCAGUGAAGUUGCCAGGCUAGACAGUCAGGUUGCAACAUUGAGGACUGAAUUGGAAGCGUUGAGGGAACUACAAAAAGAAGCUCAACAGCUUCGUCUGAAACAGCGAAAGGCAAAGCGUGUCCGUGCAGCUGUGAAGCCCGCUGGUGAUACAGUGGAUGCUACAGAACAGAGCUACGCAUCUGACAGUGAAUACUUCACUGACUACCAGUCUGUUUUAGGAACGGAUCACGAAAUGGAUAGUGAGGAAUUUUACGACGUACACACUGAUGAGGACGACGACGAUACCCUGCGGGACGUCGUCCAUAACGGACGACCCGCGGGUACCCUAGACCUUGACCAGGAUCCAACAGAUGCGGCUGAUGUGCCUAAAUCACCACAGAACACGACAUAGUUACCAAUAAGAAAUAACGAAUCUAUUCUCGAUUGAAGACAGCCGGGUUUGGGGGCUAGCACCAUGGUAGAUUUUAAUCAAUGAAAUUGUCAAAAUAAUGGAUUAAUUAAACAAAAAAACCUACACGCGGUGUGUAAUUCAAAAAAAUUAGUGCCCAUCAUGUGCGAAUGUUUGUUAUCAUCAUAAAAAAAAUUUGGUUACUAGUUAAUUUGAUGAGUGCUCUAAAAACCAUUGCUAAAUAAUAUAUUCUGUGUAUUGGUCCCAGCACAUUUUCAAAUUUAUAUGCCAUUAAAUUUUUAUGAAGAACUUUGCAACGCCGGCUGUUAAAUUAUCUCUGAAUAUCUAUAGGUUAAUAAUAUUCAGUGAAACUUAUUAUCUCUCAUUUCAGAAACAAUUCGGAUAUUUUAGAUCUGUUGUAUAAUAGAGUAAAUGUACAGUAUUGAAGUAAUAUAAACUUAUUCAACACAAUAUCGAAUUUAUCAACAUUUUAGUCUGAAUCAUUAGAAGGUUAUUCCUUAUCCGUACAGGUCGCAAUCGUAGCGAGUACGCAUGUUUUUUUUCAGCAUUUAUACCCACUGACUUUAUUUAACAAUUAUAUUGAAAUAAAACGAAAUCACCAUCAUUAGUCGUUCGACGCCCACUGCUGGGCAUAGGCUUCUCAACAUAAACGUCAACGAAAAAUUCAACUUUUUAUAUGUCGUAUAGAUUUAUUCUGAUUUACGCACACGUUCUGCCAAUAUUCGAGGUAUAAGAGAACAAAGCUCGACUCAAAGUAGUUACGAAACUGCUUAAACCAAUUACUUUUAUGCUUUUAUACAUCUUACAAAUUACUUUUAUACAUCUAAAAUCGGCAUAGAUUGCGGUAAUUUAUCGGUUUUGAUUCCUGCGUGAAACGAAUAAAAUUCUUUAUUGUCAUGCGACUAAAGAGUUAAGAACGACUUAAAGUCUUUACAGCUUGGAAUUUUAAACGAAUGAUUAAAGAAUAGGGCCUUUAUAUUAAUAUAUUAAUAGACAUUAUUCUAAGUAAACAUAUACGCAGUUCAUCCAUCCAAGUAUUCUCUUAUAUGUGUUGGUUUUAUACUGCAUUCGCUCUAUUAUUGUUAUGUAACUUAGAGUAGACGUGGUGCUAAUCUGUAAAACAAAGUACAGUAGUAGGUUGUUAAUAUGCAAAUAAAAAAAAAUAUGUCUUAAGUUUUUCCGGUUAUAUAUUUGUAGGUUAUAUUUUUAUUCGCCAUUUGUCAACCAAAAUUAGAGCGUUGCUAGUAUUAAAAAAUCUAGUGUUGCUAUAGUUAAUAUAACUAAAAUUAUAUCGGUUGUAAAAAAUGUUUUUUUUUUGUUUGACAAUUUCUUUUGGAUAUAAUUAUGACAUAAAAAAAAUGUCGAAUUAUUUCUUGUAUUUAAAUUAUUUUAUGCAUUAUUAAUUUCUAUAAAAGAACCAGAUAUUAUGGUUUAGUAUUUGUAUGUAUAAUAAUAUUUGGAAAGUCUAUUUUAAAUAAUAAUUAAUUCUAGAAACCGUUUAUGCAGAUAUUUAUUUAAAAAUAAAAUAUAUUCAAUACAAAAAUCAACAGGGAAACCAAUGAAAAAUACUAGAUGUUGAGAGUAAUCUUUGAUACAAUUAUUUAUCAUAUUUUGUAAUUCAAGGAAAAUCAUUGAACAUUAUUACUGACAUUAAAACGUAGACUGUAUAAUUAAGGCUCAAAAUGCAAAUUGAAUUGUACAAUAAAAUCGAUAAAUGAAGUACACGAAAAAAGCCUUAUUUAUAUAAUCAUAAGGUAGCUUUUGAAAUGUAAUUAAUAUUAACUAAGAUGACGAUUUGAAUGAUUAAUUAGUAUCAUAAUAUAUUAAUGAAAAUGUUAGUAUGUUGUAAUAAUCAACUGAAAUUACAUUUAAAAUUCAUUGUUUUUUUGUUGACAGGUUAGCAAUUAUCAAUUGAUUUUUAUUGAAUUAAGUCUGUUGUAUGUAAUAAUUCAUUCCAUUUUAUGAUGUUAAUUUUGAUAAUUGUAUGGAUAGUCUACAUUCAAAAAUGUGUAAAAUGUCCAGCGAACACCACUUAAGGUUAUACAAAACUGUCUAAUUUCUCUACUUGAUUUUAAAUCUUAAUGUAUUGUGGUUAGAGUACAUGAUUCAUAAUGGGAAUUUGACAUAUUGUGGUAACCUAACAUGUAGCCGUGUGUACUAUUUUUAUAUUUCUACAUGUUACUUAUGUGUAAUGGUAACAUUCAAGUCUAGUUUAUUUUUUAUAUAUUUUUUCUUCUUUUACGCUCAAAUUGUGUACUCGAAUUUAGCUCAAUAUAAUGUGAAAGUGGCAUUUAUUUUUCUAUCUCGUUUUUUAAUAAUUUAGUGUGUUUAUAGACGAGCAGAAAUAUGCCAGGUGGUGGGCAUGUCUUAAAGAUAUAGACUUGUGACGUCGCGCGGUUCUGCUGUGACUGAGUCAGAGUAUGAACUCUUAUUAUUAAAAAAAGCACUCGGUGAAACCUUCUGUUGACAUUAGAAAAGAUCUAUAAAAACUUUAUAGUCGUGUGUUCUCAUCCUUCAGUGACUGAUGUAUUAGUAUUUUGUCGCACCCUAUAUAAAUUAUGGACAGAGGUUGAACAUACUAUUUAGAAGCAAUAUCAUCUAUAAUAUGGUUAGACGUUUCUGGAAAUACGUAUUACAACCUGCCUUAUAAUAAAACUUUUUUACUUGCAUAAUAAUUAUUGAGAACUCUGUGCUCUUUUUAUAUGAUAUCAAAUGUUACACAAUUUUAUAGUGUGCGACUGUGUAAUGAAAUAGGAGGAAAACUUAUUAGUUUGUAAUAUUUGUGUUUAUUAUAGAAUUAUGGGGAGAAAUAGGGGUGUUAUACAUGAUGAAGUGUGUAUUUUCUUAAAGAAUCAUCAAUAUAUCAUUUUAUAGACGUUGGUAGAUGGUAUGUAUUGGGUUAUCCUACCGGUAAUAUUUGUUUUGUUAUGAAUAAAUCAUUUU